CGCGGUGGAUUGUGGGCUGGGGGCUGCGGCGGCCUCCGGCGCUCUCUCCUCGGACCGACCGGGCCAAGCCGGGCCGGCCGGCGGGGUGAGGGGAGCAGUGGAGCAGGGAACAGAAGCGCCAGGGGCAGUAGUCGCGGCGCGGCGGCGGCGGCGGCUCUCCUGGAGGCCGGGGAUGUGGGAGAGGCGGUGGCAGCAGCGGCGGAGGCGGCGCUGCGGACCCGGGGGAAACUGCUGGCUGACAGGACACCCGGGAGAGACGUGAGGGAGCCGCCGCUGCCGCCUCUCACCCCCACGCGGAGCUGGGCUCGAGAGGGCGGCCUGUGCUCCCCGGGCCCACGGGCCAGCCGGAGCGGCGCGGGACGGGGGCGGGAAGCCGGGCUUGGGCUCGGGCCCGGCCGGGCUCCGGGCGCUGGGAGGCGGCGGCCGCGGAGAAGCAGCCUCGGAACGACGUGGAGGGCUGGAGGCGGCGGCGAUGCACUAGGCCUCGCUCUGGGGCGGCUGCCCGGGACCCGCAGUUGAGUGGUGAUUUUAUGCAAUGGCUUCAAGCCACAGUUCUUCACCAGUGCCUCAAGGAAGCAGCAGUGAUGUUUUCUUUAUAAAAGAGGUAGAUUCGACAAAACACAUUCGACCUGUGCAGUCACUGCCAGAUGUGUGUCCCAAGGAACCCACAGGUGAUUCAAAUAGUUUAUGUGUUGCCCCAUCUCUAGUUACAGAUCAACAUAGAUGGACUAUAUAUCAUUCCAAAGUAAAUCUCCCAGCAGCAUUAAAUGAUCCUAGAUUAGCAAAACGAGAAUCUGACUUCUUCACAAAAACAUGGGGCUUGGACUUUGUGGACACUGAAGUCAUACCUUCAUUCUACCUCCCACAGAUCAGCAAGGAACAUUUUAUAAUAUAUCAACAGGAAAUCUCUCAGAGAGAAAAGAUUCAUGAGAGAUGCAAGAAUAUUUGUCCUCCUAAAGAUACCUUUGACAGGACUCUCUUACAUACUCAUGAUAAAUCCAGGACAGAUCUGGAGCAAGUACCUAAGAUUUUUAUGAAACCAGAUUUUGCCUUGGAUGAUUCCUUAACUUUUAAUUCAGUUUUACCAUGGUCUCAUUUUAAUACUGCUGGUGGAAAAGGAAAUCGUGAUGCAGCUUCCUCAAAGUUGCUUCAAGAAAAGCUGAGCCAUUAUCUGGAUAUUGUGGAAGUAAACAUUGCUCAUCAGAUCUCUCUACGUUCAGAAGCAUUUUUCCAUGCAAUGACCUCUCAACAUGAAUUGCAGGACUACCUCAAGAAAACUUCCCAGGCUGUAAAAAUGCUUCGAGAUAAAAUUGCACAGAUUGAUAAAGUAAUGUGUGAAGGAUCACUACACAUUUUAAGACUGGCACUUACCAGAAAUAAUUGUGUUAAAGUAUACAAUAAACUGAAGUUAAUGGCCACUGUACACCAGACUCAGCCUACAGUACAGGUGUUACUAUCUACUUCUGAAUUUGUUGGAGCAUUGGACUUAAUAGCAACAACCCAAGAGGUUCUACAGCAGGAACUUCAGGGCAUUCACAGUUUCCGGCAUUUGGGAUCACAGCUUUGUGAAUUAGAAAAACUGAUUGAUAAAAUGAUGAUUGCAGAAUUUUCUACUUAUUCUCACAGUGACUUAAAUAGGCCACUGGAAGAUGAUUGUCAAGUUUUAGAAGAGGAAAGACUAGUAUCUCUUGUAUUUGGACUUUUAAGACAAAGAAAACUUAAUUUUUUAGAAAUUUAUGGUGAAGAAAUGAUUAUUACAGCAAAGAAUAUUAUUAAACAGUGUGUGAUUAAUAAAGUUUCACAAAUAGAAGAAAUAGACACAGAUGUUGUUUUGAAGCUUGCAGAUCAGAUGAGAAUGUUGAAUUUUCCCCAGUGGUUUGAUCUGCUGAAAGAUAUUUUCUCUAAGUUUACAAUUUUCCUACAGAGAGUUAAGGCAACGUUAAAUAUCAUUCACAGUGUUGUUCUCUCAGUUCUUGACAAAAACCAAAGAACUAGAGAAUUAGAGGAGAUUUCACAACAGAAAAAUGCUGCAAAAGAUAAUUCACUGGACACAGAGGUGGCUUAUUUAAUCCAUGAAGGGAUGUUUAUUAGUGAUGCAUUCAGUGAGGGUGAAUUAACACCUGUAGCAGUUGACACUACCUCUCAAAGAAAUGCAUCUCCAAACAGUGAGCCCUGCAGCAGUGAUUCAGUAUCUGAACCAGAAUGUACUACUGAUUCUUCAUCCAGCAAAGAGCAGACAUCAUCAUCUGCUACUCCAGGAGGUGUGGAUAUUAUGGUCAGUGAAGACAUGAAAUUAACUGACUUAGAGUUAGGAAAGCUGGCAGUUAAUAUCCAGGAGUUAUUGUGUAGUGCGUCAGAUAUAUGCCAUGAUCGAGCUGUCAAAUUUCUCAUGUCAAGGGCAAAGGAUGGUUUUCUUGAAAAGUUAAAUUCCAUGGAAUUCAUAACACUUUCGAGAUUAAUGGAAACAUUCAUUUUAGACACUGAACAGAUCUGUGGAAGAAAAAGCAUGUCAUUACUUGGAGCACUUCAGAGCCAAGCUAAUAAAUUUGUAAAUAGAUUUCAUGAAGAGAGAAAAACCAAGCUCAGCCUUCUCUUAGACAAUGAGCGCUGGAAGCAAGCUGAUGUUCCUGCAGAAUUUCAGGAUCUUGUUGAUUCUAUAUCAGAUGGAAAGAUUGCUUUACCUGAAAAAAAAUCAGGGGCUACAGAAGAAAGGAAACCAGCUGAAGUUCUCAUUGUUGAGGGACAACAGUAUGCUGUUGUUGGAACCGUAUUACUGUUAAUAAGAAUUAUCCUUGAAUAUUGCCAGUGUGUGGAUAACGUCCCAUCUGUUACUACUGACAUGCUUACUCGUCUGUCAGAUUUAUUGAAGUACUUCAAUUCAAGAAGUUGCCAGUUGGUUCUUGGAGCUGGGGCGCUGCAAGUUGUUGGACUAAAAACGAUAACCACAAAAAAUUUGGCUCUUUCUUCACGUUGUUUGCAGUUAAUUGUACACUACAUUCCUGUGAUCCGGGCUCAUUUUGAAGCUCGACUACCAUCUAAGCAAUAUAGCAUGCUUAGGCAUUUUGAUCAUAUCACUAAGGACUACCAUGACCACAUAGCUGAAAUAUCAGCUAAGCUUGUAGCGAUAAUGGAUAGCCUAUUUGACAAGCUAUUAUCUAAGUAUGAGGUGAAAGCUCCCGUUCCUUCUGCCUGUUUCAGGAAUAUUUGUAAACAAAUGGCAAAAAUGCACGAAGCUAUAUUUGAUCUCCUUCCAGAAGAACAAACACAGAUGUUAUUUUUAAGAAUUAAUGCAAGUUACAAACUCCACUUGAAAAGGCAAUUAUCUCACUUAAAUGUGAUAAAUGAUGGAGGACCUCAAAAUGGGUUGGUCACAGCAGAUGUAGCUUUUUACACUGGAAAUCUUCAAGCCUUAAAAGGCCUUAAAGAUUUGGACCUAAAUAUGGCCGAGAUCUGGGAACAGAAGAGGUGAUGACAUACUGGAAAAACUGGGCAGUUCGUCUGACCAUGGGAUGUGUAUGUUUAUGAAGAAAAUCUGGAUGCCUGUGAUUCAAGAACUGAACCUGGAACCCGAAGUGACCUGGGGUGGGGGAGGGGGAAAGUGAAGUAUCAGUGUCGGGAAACUGGAUUCAGUGGGAUCUACAAGAAAUGCCAUUUUUUGCAUCCUUCAGUGAGGAGUGACCGAUCAGGUGUCUAUAACAUUUUUCAUUCUCUCUGGAAACAGACUCAGGUUUCUUUGGACCAAAUCCAAAAGAACACACAUAGCUGUAACACAGCUGUAGUUGACUAGAAUGCUCUGUAUACUUUAUAUUAAAAAAAUGCUUUGCAUUUCUUCCAGUGCAAUGAAAUUCAUAUGGUGUCCCACCUUAUUUAAUGAUGGUACAAUUUAAAAUAUUAAAAUCUUAGUCAACCUCUGUAGAAAGUUUUCUCUAUGAAAGUAAAGCUGUUUGAAAAAUUAUUUUUUUACAGAUCUUUCUAUAAAAAAUAAACAUCUUUUGAUUGCUUGGAUUUAGGAAUUCAAUUUUUGUUUUAGUGACUAAUGUCAAGUUUCAGGUUUUGUGUGUUGCACAUUUAAUCUUUCUACUGCCACGGUAUGUCAACUGGGUAAAGCCUUCCAGAACAGUCUAAAUACUUGAAAGGCUGAUUACAAGUAAUAAUUAAAGAAUAAGAUAUUGGCACUUAUUUAUGUAACUAACUACUAAUUAAUUUAAAUACUUUUCAGAAGUGGUAUACAAAAGGCUACCAUUUACCAUCUGUACUUUUAUAGAAGUAUCUAUGAAGGGUUUUGGGUUUUUCUGGGGUUUUUUUCCUUUUUAUUUCUAGGAGAGGUAGAAUACAUGAAUAUAUAUAAUCUGCCUGCUUAUGAGUUCUCAUUUUAAUAUUUAGAUAACACAUGAAGUAUGACCCCCUUGGAUUGUUUUUAAGUUACUUUCAAUGUGUAUAUGAACAAAGACCAGGGAGAAACAGAAUUUUUAAAAUAUAGGCUGCCAUGUUGGGGCCAGAAAUAUAAAGUGAUGAGUAAGUUAUUUAAAGACUUUUUUAUAAUACCUACCUUCAAAAUUAGACUCAGCAGCACUCUACAUAUGAAAGUGCCUGUGCCUCACCUCACACCAAGAAUCUUGCCUAACCCUGUCAGAGUGCCUAAUCUUGUGAUUAUGUACAAUGAAAUCAUCUUAUUUUGUGCUCUUCGGUUUCUUAAAAGGAAAGCCUGUUUUCUUUCCUAUAUCAUUACAGAAGUAUGUCAUCGGUUCUUAAACUGUAUGUCAAAAAUAAAGUUGUAAAAAAUUACCAGACUAUAAAAAGACAACUUCUUUUUUAAUAGUAUACAGUGACCUUCAAACAGGCAGCCUACUCAAAACAAGUAUGGACGAAACGCAAUUGAUUCUUAGAGAAAAGGCAUAAAUUAAACAACCAGCAGACCUGACUUGAAAGGUCAUUCAUGAACAUUUUUCAGUGACAACAAGCAAGCUUCAAGAAAUGAAGCUUGAAGGAAAGGGAAAACUUUUUAUGAAGUUACACUCCCAGCCCACUAUACAAGAGUACAAGGAUGUCAAAGAAAUGCCUCCUCCUGCCCACUGCAACCCCUUCAGCUGGGAAUAGAAAUGCCACUUUGUUUCAAUAAAUGGAGAGUCCGUGGAAAGUAUGGCAGGCACCCCAGCUUUAGAACAAGAUGAAAGGUACUAGAUACCUACAUGUUUAUUUCCUAUGGAAAUAAUGAAGUGGUUCAGAUUCUUAGAAAUGCAAAAAACUGGAUGUGCUAGUUAACUAGCCAGUAACUACUGAAAUAUUCCAAGAGCAAAUCUUCCAACUUAGAUGGUAACUAUUCAAUAAGAGUAAACCAUUUUCUUUUUCCAUUUAUAAAGUUAGCAUUAAAAAGUACAAGUGUACACAUGUAUUGCUUCUCCGCUUUAUUUUUGAAAUCACAAGCAAUUAAAAGUGACCGUCAUCGAGGCUUCUGUUAAAAGAUCUUCCAGCAGAGCUGCCCCAGUUUUAAGAUUAAACAAUAUUGCACUUUAAGAUGAAUUAACUUUUGGGGUCCUCUUCAAAGAAACAAAGUAUUUGCUCCAUCUGUGCUUUUCUUACACUGAAAGCAUACUGCAGAAAACUCUAAAAAUCAACACUGCAGUGUACAGUAACAUAGUAAAAGUACCUGCCUAUUUUAGAAUCCUAGAGAAUAUUUUAUUGUAAGAAACUAUUUAGGUCAUAAUUAGUAUAAAGUGUACACAAUAUUUUUCAUUUCAGUGGUCCAAAAUGCGAAGGUUUCCAGAUACAAUCUUGUUCUCUAAUAUUGCUCCAGGUGGGAUGUCAAUUCUGUCACCAUGAUUUGCAAUGAUGAUAACCGUUCCCUAAGUGACAGGGAAAACAAAAAGCAAGAGUGUACUUGGCAACUGCAACAAAAUGCAAUUGAUUGUCUUACAAUUAUCAAGUUUAUGUACAACUCUUUUUACG